UAUGAUUUAACAAUGAUUGUAUUUCAAUGAAACCGCUGGACUCAGACGAAGAAGAAGCAGAGCCACUGGGCGCUAAGGAAACGGAGCAGAGGCGUAAGUGAGCGAUUGGUGAUGCUACAUUUGCUAACUUUGCUUGCGUGAACAUCUAUGGGAAAAGGCGUGUAACGGUUAAGUACCGCUCUGCGUAAACCUACUUUACCUCAGUUGGGUGGCUGAAAAGAGCGGGCCAGUCACCGCAUCCCGCAGCUGAGCAACCCUGUGGAGCAGCUGAACCCUGAAGAUGGGGAAGACAGAGGCAGUAAUGGCAGCCUCCUCAUGGUGGUGGCUGAAGAAGACAAGACUGUGUGGAGUCAGAAGAGACAGAGUGAAGCAGUUAAUCAGCUUAAGAGCCUUCUGCAGAAGCAAUGCAGAGAGAUCCCCACUCCUCUGUCUCCAUCAGAGAAACCAUCUCCGUCCAAGAGAGUGCAGCAGGAAGUCAGAUCAAGUUUUUCUACAUUUCAGGAUUUUGUCCCAAUGACUCAUAACCAGUCAGAGUACAUCCAACACCUUGAAGCUGAGGUCAAGUUCUGCAAGGAAGAGCUGCAGGACCUGAAACAGCGAAUCAGAGUGGUGGUGGUAGAGAAUGAAAAACUGCACUCUGAGCUCAGAUCCAAAGAUGAAUCUCUAAACAAUUACACAAUUCCAAACUCCACGGUGAAUGAAACCAGUCACAAACUCUCCAUUACAGAGCUUAGUGGGCUUCAGAGGGCAGAACAUAGCACAUGGAAGAAUGAACUAGAACAGUUAAAAGGGAUCUACCAGGCCCAGGUUGAGAGCUUGGAGAGUCAGAUCAUCUCUCUCAGAAAAGAUCUGUCAGUUAGUCAGAAGGAGUGCGAGGAGGUAAAGGUUCAUCUGAGACACAAGGAGAAGCAAGCUGCUGAUGCGCUGAAGACUGCUGGAGCUCCCCAUGUGGCUGGAUUGUGUCUGAAAUGUGCGCAGCAUGAGGCUGUGUUAGCUCGGACACACACAAAUCUGCAUGUCCAAGCAAUUGACAGACUCACAAAGGAGCGUGAUGAAUUAGAGGUGGCACUCCGUGCCAUGCAGGCGAGUCAGCAAGAGGCACAACAGAGAGAGUGGUCAGCCUGUCUCCGGGUCAAACAGGCUGUGGAGAUGGCAGAAGAAGCUAAUUUGAAUAAAGCUAGGGUGGAGAUGCAGUGUGAGCUUUUAUCCAGAGAGCUGGUGCGGCAGAGGGAACAGCUGGAGCAAGAAGCACAGGCUUUGCAGGAGAGAUUGGCAGGGGCUAGAAAAGAGGGUCGAGCUGAAGGGCUCAAACAAAAAGAAGAGCUAGCACAAACGGUGUCCAGCCUCUCCCAGCGCAUAGCUGAGUUGGAAGGACAGCUAGAUCGAGCUGUCAGAGACAAGAGUUCACUGACCAAACAACUAGAAGACACUCUCGACAAACUUACCAGUCAGGAGCAAGAAAACAUGAAGGUAUGUGUGGAUCUGCAACAUCAGUUCAGUCAGGCCAAACUGAAGAAGGGUGAGGCAGAGAGAGAGCUCAGAGAGCUCAACAUUAAGACCAGCAGACAGAUGGAAAAAGCUGCUCUGGAAGAGGAAAGGCUGAGCUCAGAGCUGGUUGGCUGUCGGCAGCAUCUGGAGGUGGUCCAAAAGGAUUUGAGCCAAUGGCAAGGCGAAGCCCUGAGCCUAACAGAACAGCUGGCAAAUGCCCAGCGCCAACUGCACCUCACCAGACGGGACAAAGAGUGUGCAGAGCGAGUUCAUGCAGAGGAAAUGGCUUCUGUGACUGCUUCAGCGCGGGAAACGGAGAAAGAGCUGGUUGCGAUGCUACAGCAAAGAGAGGCUCAGCACCUGGAGAGAAUUGGAGAAGCGGAUAAACUCCUGAGUUCCCAGAAUUCCCUGAUUAAGAAGCUGAAAGAGGAGUGCUGUAGACUGGUGACCGACCUGGAGUAUAUGGCAACAAGUAAAAGACGUAAAGUGGAGCAGCUGACACUGGAGAAGCAAUAUUUGGAGGAGACGGUGAAGAGACUGAGAGCUCGCUGCACCAACUUGGAGGAACAGUGUGUCCAGCACGGACACAUGCACCAGCGCAUGAAGGACAGGCUGCAGCAGUUGGACCGUUACUGUCAGAACAGCGCCGAGCAGACGUGUGAGCUGCUGGCCAAACAGAACCAGCUGAUGGAGGAGAGACGCACACUCACCGAGGAGGUGCUGAACCUACGUGCAGAGAUACGGAGGAGAAAAAAUGAUCCUCAGAGCUCAUAAGUCUUCCUACUUUGCAUCUGGAUGUUUGAACCGGGAUUUAAAAAAAAAAAAACAGAAAAUGGAAACGAGAUGGGAAAUUUUUUAUCAAAUUAUUCUCAGUCAAAGUUUAUUACAGGCCUUUUUUCCUGUUGAUUUCUUAUGUCAGAAAAUGUUUUUGGUUGAAUGUACAAGAUGCUAAUUUUUAAUGUUUAACAAUUUUAUUGGUGAAUGCCAUCUAGGCUUAUAAGACAUGAGUUUCUGUCAGAUCUGAGUUUAUGUGGCAGGUUUUUUUAAACCUACACAUAAUACUAACUCAUAUAAAUAGUUUAAUUAUCUAUUAUAUCUAUCUAGUAGCAGCAGUCAAAUAGAUAGAUAGAUAGAUAUCAAAGUUUUUAAAACCUGUGAGAUGUUAUUUGUGUGUUCCAUACACUAGUGUUUAAAAAUUUGUGGACUCCAGUGUCCUUUAUUGUUUAGCAAGUAGAUGAGAAAAUGGGCCAGGGAGACCUCAGGAAUGAACCUGGGUUGGCUUCUUUGCCAGAUGGCUUAAAAAAUGUGCCCACAGCAACAACAGGGUACAAGGUGCUAAUUUUUUGAUGUUUAACUGUUAUUUUGUUGUAUUGUUUUCAAACAUCAAUAAAGAAAAUCCUUCA